AUGGGGAGAGCUGCCCAGAAAACCCUCCUCUCUUUACUCUGUCUAGCAGCAGCAGUUUGUCAGGCUCAGGACACCUGCCCAGAAGUGAGCUUAGUGGGUUUCAACAGUACCGAUAAACUGUCCAUUCUCCAAGGCUGCCCUGGAAUUCCAGGUGCCACAGGACCCAGAGGAGACCCAGGAAAUGCAGGAAUGCGAGGACAACAGGGACUUCCGGGGAUCCCUGGAAAGGUGGGACUAACUGGCCCAAAAGGAGAAAGAGGUCCUGCUGGCGCCCCUGGAGUGAAAGGUGAGAGACCUCAGAUGAUUCUUCUCACUGCAGAGCCCAGGACCGGUGUGUUCCAGAGACGGGUGGAUGGCUCUGUGGAUUUUUACAAUGACUGGAAUUCAUACAAAAGAGGUUUUGGCAGCCGGCUGUCAGAAUUCUGGCUGGGGAACGACAAUAUCCAUCUGUUAUCAUUCCUUGGUUCCCAGGAGCUUCGCAUCGAUCUCAGAGAUUUUGACAACAACUAUGAAUUUGCUCUCUUCUCGUCAUUCAGAGUUGCAGGAGAGACUUCGAAAUACAUGUUGUUCAUUGGAUCCUUUGUUAAUGGCACUGCAGGGGAUUCCUUAACUGACCACAGCGGCAUGAUGUUUUCAACCCACGACCAGGACAAUGACAUGUCUGAGACUAACUGUGCUGUAGCCUAUAAAGGGGCCUGGUGGUACCGGGAAUGUCAUAUGUCCAACCUGAACGGAUUAUACCUGAAAGGAGCCCAUGAAAGCUAUGCUGAUGGGGUGAACUGGGCUUCAAACAAAGGGCACCAGUAUUCCUACAAGAUGACAGAGAUGAAAAUGAGGCCCGUGUAG